AUGGUGGUGCUCGGCGCACACAACAUAAGCAAGGAAGAAAAAAGUCAGCAGAAUCUCACAGUGGCAGCUUACUUCACACAUCCAGAGUUCAAUGGACAAUAUGAUUAUGACAUUAUGCUUCUCAAGUUAAAAAACAAAGCAAAACUGAACAAGUAUGUGAAGCCCAUUGGAUUACCGAAGAAAAACGGGAAAACACCUGCCAAUGUAGCAUGUGUGGUUGCUGGCUGGGGCCGAACAGCAGUUAACGGGCCGGCCUCUCAUGUACUGAGGGAAACCACGGAGAAGAUUCAAUUCCCCAAGGAAUGCAAAAAUAUCUGGCAGAAAUACUUCCAUACUCUUCACAUGAUAUGCACCAAGUUUGACAAAAAGAAAGGAGGAAUUUGCCAGGGCGAUUCUGGCGGACCGCUGAUCUGCAACAGCAAACCUCAGGGUAUCACAGCUUUCACUGCCGAGAAUGACUGCGACAAUCCCAAGUUUCCCCAUGUCUUCAUGAACCUACAUUUCUUUCUUCCCUGGAUCAAGAAAACCAUGCAGGGGUAGAAGAGUGUAUAACAACCACUAUUCAGAGGCCAAGAAGUUAUUCCUUUCUUCACUUGAUUAUUAACGCAGCUUAAUAAAGCAAAAUUCGAAUUAAUUUAGCCUGAAAAGGGAAACUGGUACAUGUGAAUGUUUUGCAAAGGUAUGGAAAAAAAAUCACAGAUGCUUUUAUUUCAACCUAACAUCUUGCUGUACAGUUAAAGAAUGUGCCUUCCUUUUUCAAUAAUCCUUGUGCAAGUUUUGUCAACUAUGUACAAAUUUCUUUCUUUAACUCAUCUAAAAACUCUCUUGUCAGCAGCAGGUCUGAGUUAUUUCUGGGUGAAAGUGUGUGUCAGACUGAAUGGCGUGAGGGAGAAAUGGCGGUGUAGCAGACAAGGGCAGAUAUCGAAAGUAUCUCUGUGAGUGUGGUGGUUGUGGUGGAGAAGCCCCCCCAUGCACUCUGAUCAAACCCCGCAGGCCACCGCUGCAGAGCUCAAGCCUCCUCAGUCGUAGUGCAAACUUUUGAAGUUGAAGCGUUUUUUGUCAGUGAAACCUGUCAUCUGCAGAGAGAGGAGACAAAAUGUUUACAAGAAACAGCUCACCUUAAAUGACAUCUCAGUUCUUAUUAAGUCCGUUUCUAAAAUCAAUAAAGUCUGAAAACUCA